AUGCUGACACACAAGAAUUUUCAAGACUGCCCUACUGGCAUGCCUACGGGCAAUUAUAUGAAUCCAGCAUCCAUGCCGAUGUCGAUGAAUUAUUCCAACCAAGGUUUUGGAACUGGUCUUCUGACUCCGCAAAGCAUGGGGGCAGUUGCCCCCUCUUGCAUGUCGCAAUCAAUACCUCCCAUUGCUAGCAUUGCCCCGCUGAAUCACGUUGGGGUGAACUGCUCCAAUGAUGUCCAACCUUUCGUCGGUGGUGACUAUGGAUUAAACACGCCGACGGACAAUUUAGCCAUUGCACAACGAGCCCGGACUGACAAAUUUCGCCGCAGUUACACCCACGCGAAACCACCGUACUCUUACAUAUCACUGAUCACCAUGGCCAUCCAGAACAGUCCUGCUAAGAUGCUGACUCUGAGCGAGAUCUAUCAGUUCAUUGUUGACUUGUUCCCGUACUACAGGCAGAAUCAGCAGAGGUGGCAGAACUCGAUACGACACAGCCUCAGCUUCAACGACUGCUUCGUCAAAGUCGCCCGCACUCCCGACAAACCAGGGAAGGGCAGCUUCUGGGCUCUACACCCAGAUUCCGGAAAUAUGUUCGAGAAUGGCUGUUUCUUGAGGAGGCAGAAGCGAUUCAAGUGCAGCAAGAGGGAGGCGAUUCGUCAAACGCAGAAGGCCCAGAAAGAUGACGGGAUGCCGAAGAGUCCGGAUGGAAUGUCUAUGUCUCCAUCCAAACCCGAUUCCAAGCAUAGUUCGGCCCAAAAUCGACAACAUACCAGCCCUUCUAACGUCCCCUGCUCAACUUCCAUCCCUUCCAUGAACGAUAAUUACCAACAAAUGUGCCAAGUCUCAACGAACGGUUUGAAUUUCCCGCCUGACAACACGAGAAGCAGGUUGGACUGCUGCAAACAAGAAGAGAUGCUCUACCCAUCCUUUAGAUACUCCGAUUCGUGCAUAAUGUCUAACGUACCUAUGGAUACCAAUCAACAAGAUGCCAUGAAAUCUCUUAGUGACUUUUUUGCGCUACAUUCCAUGAAACCAGAGCCCGGUUUCAACGCCACAAGUCAUCCUUUUUCCAUAAGCAAUAUUAUUUCUCAUACAGAUCCCAAAAUGGACGCCAAGAUGUAUGACAUGCCCGUGCCAUCUUAUAGCAAUUAUGGAACUAAUCUAAAUUCUACGGAAAGCAUGCCGUAUUUUUCCCAUGCACCCUUUUAUUCUGUGCCACAACCUGUUACAACAGCUAUGUGA